UGGACCCCACACAACCCCGGGCACAGACGGGUCACAGGCAAUUCGCUCUCCUUAUUUUCCUCUUCUUAGGCCACUGCAGAGACUUCUUCAUCUCUCGUAAUUACAAGGUAUGUGGAUUUCGAAUUUUGAAAUUUCUCGAUCUCCUACGAAUUUCCGGUGUUGAGAAGAGGGCAGUCAUGGCGGAUUCAUCGCUCAACAGUCUGAGAAGAACCCUGAGCGUAUCGAAGGAGAGGGCCACCGUCUCCCUCUUGGAUUCAGAUGAAAGGGCUGCUGUAAUCUCCUUAUCAGAGGAACACGGUCUAAAACCUUCCGAAGUUUAUGGUUUUGUUGGGUCCAUCUCAACAAUCGUCACUACAGCGAUUUUCCUGGCAUGGGCAUAUAUUCCAGAGUGUUGGCUACAUUACUUAGGGAUUACCUAUUACCCCAGCAGGUAUUGGGCACUGGCAGUUCCUGCUUUUGCUAUGGUCACUGUAUUCUUAGCCAUAGGAUUUUACCUCGGCUUGAACUUCAUGGUCACCCCACCCCCGACUUCCUUUGACACAAUAUAUGAUGAAUGCAGUAGAGAGCCCUCAUCCUUCGUCGCUGCAGCAGAAGGUGCCGAGCAGCCCAUUGAGCCCAUCACGGAUAUUGCCAUCAGCCACAUAAAUGAUCUCAUGUUUGGGCAAACGAUGUAAAAAGGUACAAGAAAAGGGUGCAAAUGUAUAUUGCCCAAGGUAUUUCUUUUAAAAAAUGUGUCAGGAUCUUUUUAUUUCAAAAUCAUUUUUUGGGAUUCUCAAAAGAAGGGGGA